GUUUAUUGCCAAGAACUUAAUCUCUUAUUAGAGUUAUGCUUCAAAACGCGAUAUCAUAUAUGAACAUGUCGUGCUAUACGUGCUAGACAUGUAGACUAUACACAGACACUUACACUCACUUACACCAGCAACAACAUGUUCCUGUAGAUAACCAGUUUCCAUUUCAUGGGUAUGCGAAUUUAUGGAUAAAGCGGUAAAGCCAGGGAUGAACAAUUUCUCAACUUGCUAUCUUACAAAUCGUUUAAUACGCUGUCAAACGCUUGUUCAUAUAUAAUACCAUGGAGAAUGAGGAAGGCGCCUCGAAUAAUGAGCGAAUGCUUGCAGCAUGUCGCAACGAUCAAGAUGAUUUAUUAAAAGAGAUUUUAAAAGCGACUGAUAUCGAUGUGAACUUUUCUGACGCGAUUGGUGACACAACUCUACACUAUGCCGCAUCGUUUGGAUCCUUGGCAUGCUUGGAAAUAUUGGUGAAUCUUGAUGGAAUUAACUUAAACGCGCGCAAUCGAAUUGAAAAGAACACACCGCUUCAUAAAGCGGUUCAGUACACGGAAGAAGAUGUGGCCUUGGCCACGGUAGAUCUAUUAUUGGAAGCCGGUGCUGACCCUAGGAUCGAAAACGGAAACCGCAUGACACCAGCUAUGUUGGUAGAUCCAAAGAACGAUGAUAUGAAAGAGCUUUUCGAUAAUGCAUUAGCAGGAUACGAAGUGGAUGAUUCCGAUAUUGCGGAGGAUUAUGCAGACGAAGGCGAUGUAGGAGCAGCGGGGGAAUACAACAGUGACGAUUAUGAGCAAUAAAAAAGAGUAAUCAUAAGUAAGAGGUUUCAGCUAAUAGUUGUCAUUGAAUUAUCGAAAAUCUUUGCCAAUUGCUCGGCAGCUGGAGCCUUGUUAGGAGUUAGCUUGGUGACC